AUGGUCAACUUCUUCUCCCACUUUGACGAGGCCUACGACCUGGGCGAGUUCCCGAACCGGCAUCCUUUGCGCCUGCUCAGCGUGCGCAUAGAUGGCGUCCCCGUGGAGGACUUGCCAUGCAUCGACGUCUGGAACGCGGACAGUGUCAAGGUGUAUUCCUCCCUGACCGCCCCCGCCGCGAGCAAGUCCUGGGAGGAGGAGACGGGUCUCUAUCGGGAGGUGGAGGCCCGUCUCUUGGGGGACUUCGUCCUGAUCGGCCGUUUCGGCGGCAAGUACGGCCACGACGAGCACGAUGCGAGCAAGAUCCUCUUCCGCUACGUGGGGCACACGGCGUUUUUGACGGAAGGCGUGGUGGAGCUUCGGAAGGAUGCCUUUGAUAUCAUGCAACGGUACAAGCAGAAUUUUGAGGAGGACAGCUUCGCGAUGGAAUUGGAGUUUGAACGCUUGGGGCCUGGGCUCUCAGCCGGGCUGGAUGACUCCGCGACGACCCUCCGGUUGUGGGAGGCGCUCCCGGAGAAGGUGUGGCCGGAUGCACCGGGUCGCGAGCGACUUUGA